AUGAUGCAGAGCCUCUCCACGGGAGUAAUCAUCACGACGGGCGAACUCGAGCGCGGCAUGAAAGCAUGGCCCGAGAGUCCGUACGGCAGCGGCGGGGGCGAGGGCAGGGCGCCCGCUGUGACGAGCGACGGCGAGGGCAGGGUGCCCGCAGGGACGAGCCAGGGCGAGGGCAGGGCGGAGGCGGUGGCGGCGCCGUACGAGGGCGAGGGCGAGGGCGAGGGCGAGAGAGCAGAGCGGCGGCGGCAGCCAGGGCGAGGGCGGGGCAAGGGCAUCCUCGCGUCGCGUUUGGGCCUUGGGGGUCGCGUCGCGGACUCGCGGCGGCGGUGGGGGCUAACCGCUCGCGUGGGGGUUGGGGUGGUUCAAUGA